AUGCUGGGCAGUAACAACUAUAAGCUCCCUCAUUUGCGCAAAGAUGCCUCCAUCGAUGACCUACUGAGCUACAACGUCGAAUGCAAUGCUACCUGCGUCACCAGUGCUUUGGUUCACAUGGAUCUUCGCCUUGUCGAGGAAGCCCGCAUGGAGGAGGAGUGUAAUUCAACGGAACAAGACAUCUUGCCGUCCUUCAAGGACUGCAGCGAGCGGCAUGGAAGCGGCUUCGCCGUGUUGGAGCUUGCUGGAUAUACGUUCGUCUUUGGGGAUCCCGUGCGCGUCACAAAAGACGCCCGCCUGCUUCCGGAUGAGUUCUCCGGUGAUGCAGACGCCCAGUUCCUCACAGCGUAG